GUCUCUCUGUUGUCCGCACAUAGAGACCGCGGAGGAAAGCUGAUUUUGAGGAAAAUUGGGUUGUAGCUGCCUCUCUACAUUACUACGAUAGAAAAGAGGUGUUAUUUGUGCAGUAACAGCGUUUAGCUCAGGUUAUUGACUCGAGAAAUUCGAAUCUGUGAAUAUGCGGCCAACUUUACUUAAGUCUUCGACUUUACAGUUUCUGCGCUUCUAUACAGUCUUUCAGAUCUGGAAACGUUAAAGUUCUUCUUCUUUAGCAGCAUAUAAACUAUAAUGAAAAUUAAUCAAUCAGUUACAGUCGCUAUUAAGAUCUCUCUGUUGGUAUUUAGUGGGUUUUGUUUUCGGUCGGGAGGGUGUGGUUCAGAAACAACAGCGAACAUUAAUGAUAUUCAUCGAAAUCAGAUUUUGCUGGAAUCUUCGACAGAAUGAAGAACAAUUUCAAAUUCUUUCAGAUUUUUCUACUAAUGUGCGGAGUGUUCAGUGCUGGAACAGAUGAAGUGAAGACAGUGAUGGAGGGAGAAUCUGUCACUCUAAACCCUGAUCUUACUCAAAUACAGGGAAUUAUUCAGAUGAUGUGGAGGUUUGGAGAUUCACGUUCAGUCAUUGCUCUAAUCGAGGGAAAUGACAUUUCACUGUCUCCCAGUCUCCCUGAGAUAUUCGAAGACCGACUCAAGCUGACUCCGACUGGAUCUCUGACAAUCACAAACAUGAGAACUAAACACUCUGGACUUUAUAAACUAGAGAUCAACAACAACACUGGGACCUCACAUUUGGAUUUCAGAGUUACUGUCUACGAGUCUCCAGAUGUUAUUGAAGCUUUUAAAGAUGAAACGCAGAGUGUAUCAGAGACGGAGGGAAAUCCUGUCACUCUUCAGACUGAUACUGAAACACAUGGAAAAGAGCUGAUAGUGUGGAGGUUUGGAGAUGAAGGAAAACUCAUAGCUAAACAUGAUCAAGAGGCCAAGAGUCCACCAUUAUAUGAUACUGAUGAGAGAUUCAGAGACAGACUGAAGCUGGAUCAUCAGACCGGAUCUCUGACCAUCACAAACACCAGAAUCACAGACUCUGGAGUUUAUAAAGUGAAGAUCAGCAGCAGCAAACAGACUUUAAACAAGAGAUUCACUGUGACUGUCAGCGUUCCCGGUCUGUCUCCAGGUGUUGUAGCAGGGAUUGUUGUUGGUGUUGGUGUUCUGCUGGUAUCAUACGCUGUCACAGCUGCUGGUGUUUUUUACUGUCAACGCAAAAUCUCUAAAUUAAAAAAUCCAGUGUUAAAGACAGACAAAGAGGGAGAAUCUUUCACUCUAACCCCUGGCAUUGAAAUAAACAAAGAUGAUCAGAUACAGUGGCUGUUUGGAGAUGAAAAGAAGAUGACUGUCAUAGCUGAAAUCCAAAGAGGGACUGGAGAGAUCACUGUUCCUGAUGGGAGAUUCAAAGACAGACUGGAGAUCGACAAGAAUACUGGAUCUCUGACCAUCACAAACACCAGAACUGAAGACGCAGGAGUCUAUAAACUGAAGAUCAGAGGCGGCAGACUUGUACAGAACUUGUGCAGCAGACUUGUACAGAACUUGAACAAAAGAUUCAACGUUUAUGUCAGGGAUGAAGAGAAUUCAGUGUCAGUGAUGGAGGGGGCGGAUGUGACUCUACGUGCCAAUACUGAAAUACAGACAGGAGAUAAGAUAUUCUGGAUGUUUGGAAAUGGCAUACGUCCUAUAGCUGAAAACACAGAAAAAAAGUGUGAAGAAGAGUCUACAGUCUACAGGGAUGUUAGAUUUAAACCCAUUUUAUAUCUGAAUCAUCAGACUGGAGAUCUCACCAUCAAGAAAAUCAAACCUAAACACACUGGAGAAUACAAACUAAAGAUCAUCAGAAAUGACAAAUCCUCAUUCAAGAUAUUCACUGUUACUGUUUCUGGACAAGUGAAGACAUCAGUGCUGAAGGGACGUCCUGUCACUCUGAAGUAUAAAACUGAAAUACAGAAGGAUGAUAAAAUACAGUGGAAGUUUGAAGAGAAACUCAUAGCUGAAAUGACUGGAGAGGACUGUGAGAACCCUCAAUGGUCUGAUGAUGAAUUCAGAGACCAAAUGAAGCUGGACCCUCAGACUGGAUCUCUCAUCAUUCAACAAACCAGACCUGAACACUCUGGAUUAUAUAAACUAGAGAUCAAUACCAGUUAUUAUUCAACAUUCAGAGUCUUCAGUCUUAUCGUCGGUGAUGAAGAGAAGUCAGUGUCAGUGAUGAAGGGGGCGGAUGUGACUCUACGUGUCAAUCCUGCAAAACAGACAGGAGAUAAGAUAUUCUGGAUGUUUGGAGAUGACAACUGUCACGUAGAUAAAAACACAGAAGAGAAGUGUGAAGAAGGGUCUAGGUACUUUGCUACUAUAUUUGAAGACAAAGUGUAUCUGAAUCCUCAGACUGGAGAUCUCACCAUCAAGGAAAUCAGAACUAUCCACACUGGAAAAUACAAACUAAAGAUCAUCAGAAAUGGCAAAUCCUCAUUCAAGAUAUUCAAUGUUACUGUUUCUGGACAAAUGAAUGAAUCAGUGCUGAAGGGACGUCCUGUCACUCUGGACUAUGAUACUGAAAUACAGGAGGAUGAUAAAAUACAGUGGAAGUUUGAAGAGAAACUCAUAGCUGAAAUGACUGGAGAGAACCGUGAGAACCCUCAAUGGUCUGAUGAUGAAUUCAGAGACCAAAUGACGCUGGACCCUCAGACUGGAUCUCUCAUCAUUCACCAAACCAGACCUGAACACUCUGGAUUAUAUAAACUAGAGAUCAAUACCAGUGCUUAUUCAACAUUCAGACUCUUCAGGAUUAUCGUCGGUGAUGAAGUGAAGUCAGUGUCAGUGAUGGAGGGGGAGGAUGUGACUCUACGUGUCAAUCCUGAAAUACAGACAGGAGAUACGAUAUUCUGGAUGUUUGGAGAUGACAACAGUCCCGUAGCUAAAAACACAGAAGAGAAGUGUGAAGAAGAGUCUGAGUACAGGGAUUCUAGAUUUAAAGACAAUGUGGAUCUGAAUGAUCAGACUGGAGAUCUCACCAUCAAGAACAUCAGAAAAAUCAACACUGGAGAAUACAAACUAAAGAUCAUCAGAAAUGGCAAAUCCUCAUUCAAGUUAUUCAAUGUUACUGUUUCUGGACAUCAAGUGAAUAAAUCAGCGCUGAAGGGACGUCCUGUUGCUCUGAACUAUAAAACUGAAAUACAGAAGGAUGAUGAAAUACAGUGGAAGUUUGAAGAGAAACUCAUAGCUGAAAUGACUGGAAAGGACCGUGAGAACCCUCAAUGGUCUGAUGAAUUCAGAGGCCAAAUGGAGCUGGACCCUCGGACUGGAUCUCUCUUCAUUCACCGAUCCAGACCUGAACACUCUGGAUUAUAUAAACUAGAGAUCAAGACCAGUGAUUAUUCAACAUCCAGACUCUUCAGGAUUAUCGUCUGUGAUGAAGAGAAGUCAGUGCCAGUGAUGAAGGGGGCGGAUGUGACUCUACGUGUCAAUCCUGAAACAGGAGAUAAGAUAUUCUGGAUGUUUGGACAUGACAACUGGCUCUUAGCUAAAAACACAGAAGAGAAGUGUGAAGAAGAGUCUGAGUACAGUGAUGUUAGAUUUAAAGACAAAGUGGAUCUGAAUCCUCAGACUGGAGAUCUCACCAUCAAGACAAUCAGAAAAAUCAACACUGGAAAAUACAUACUAAAGAUCAUCAGAAAUGGCAACGCCUCAUUCAAGAUAUUCAGAGUUUUUGUUUCUGCUGCAGGACGUCAAGUGAAUAAAUCAGUGGAGAAGGGAUGUCCUGUCAUUCUGAACUAUGAUACUGAAAUACAGAAGGAUGAUAAAAUACAGUGGAAGUUUGAAGAGAAACUCAUAGCUGAAAUGACUGGAGAGAACCGUGAGAACCCUCAAUGGUCUGAUGAUGAAUUCAGAGACCAAAUGAAGCUGGACCCUCAGACUGGAUCUCUCACCAUUCACCAAACCAAACCUGAACACGCUGGAUUAUAUAAGCUAGAGAUCAUCACCAGUGAUUAUUCAACAUUCAGGAUUAUCGUCAGGAUUAUCGUCUUUGAUAAAUUAGUGUCAGUGCUGAAGGGGGCGGAUGUGACUCUACGUGUCGAUCCUGAAAUACAGACAGGAGAUAAGAAGAUAUUCUGGAUGUUUGGAGAUGAAAACCGUCUUGUAGCUAAAAACACAGAAGAGAAGUGUGAAGAAGAGUCUGAGUACAGUGAUGUUAGAUUUAAACCCAAUGUGGAUCUGAAUGAUCAGACUGGAGAUCUCAUCAUCAAGAAAAUCGAAACUUUCCACAGUGGGGAAUACAAACUAAAGAUCAUCAGAAAUGGCAACGCCUCAUUCAAGAUAUUCAGUGUUACUGUUUCUGUGAAUAAAUCAGUGGAGAAGGGAUGUCCUGUCAUUCUGAACUAUGAUACUGAAAUACAGAAGGAUGAUAAAAUACAGUGGAAGUUUGAAGAGAAACUCAUAGCUGAAAUGACUGAAGAGAACCGUCUGAACCCUCAAUGGUUUGAUGAUGAAUUCAGAGGCCAAAUGAGGCUGAACCCUUGGACUGGAUCUCUCACCAUUAAUCGAACCAGACCUGAACACUCUGGAUUAUAUAAACUAGAGAUCAAGACCAGUGCUUAUUCAACAUUCAGACUCUUCAGGAUUAUCGUCUGUGAUAAAUUAGUGUCAGUGCUGAAGGGGGCGGAUGUGACUCUACGUGUCAAUCCUGAAAUACAGACAGGAGAUAAGAUAUUCUGGAUGUUUGGACAUGAAAACUGUCUUGUAGCUAAAAACACAGAAGAGAAGUGUGAAGAAGAGUCUGAGUGCAGUGAUGUUAGAUUUAAAGAUAAAGUGGAUCUGAAUCCUCAGACUGGAGAUCUCACCAUCAAGAAAACUGAAACUGACCACACUGGAGAAUACAAACUAAAGAUCAUCAGAAAUGGCAAAUCCUCAUUCAAGAUAUUCAGUGUUACUGUUUUUGAACAAGUGAAUAAAUCAGCGCUGAAGGGAGAUUCUGUCGCUCUGAUCUGUGAUACUGAAAUACAGAAGGAUGAUAAAAUACAGUGGAAGUUUGAAGAGAAACUCAUAGCUGAAAUGACUGGAGAGAACCGUGAGAACCCUCAAUGGUCUGAUGAUGAAUUCAGAGACCAAAUGAAGCUGAGCCCUUGGACUGGAUCUCUCAUCAUUCAACAAACCAGACCUGAACACUCUGGAUUAUAUAAACUAGAGAUCAAGACCAGUUAUUAUUCAACAUCCAUACUCUUCAGGCUUAUCGUCUGUGAUGAAGUGAAGUCAGUGUCUGUGAUGAUGGGGGAGGAUGUGACUCUACGUGUCAAUCCUGAAAUACAGACAGGAGAUAAGAUAUUCUGGAUGUUUGGAGAUGAAAACAGUCUUGUAGCUAAAAACACAGAAGAGAAGUGUGAAGAAGAGUCUGAGUACAGUGAUGUUAGAUUUAAAGAUAAAGUGGAUCUGAAUCGUCAGACUGGAGAUCUCACCAUCAAGACAAUCAGAGCUAUCCACACUGGAGAAUACAAACUAAAGAUCAUCAGAAAUGGCAAAUCCUCAUUCAAGAUAUUCAAUGUUACUGUUUCUGGACGUCAAGUGAAGACAUCAGUGCUGAAGGGACGUCCUGUCACUCUGAACUAUAAUGCUGUAAUACAGAAUGAUGAUAAAAUACAGUGGAAGUUUGAAGAGAAACUCAUAGCUGAAAUGACUGGAGAGAACCGUGAGAACCCUCAAUGGUCUGAUGAAUUCAGAGACCAAAUGAAGCUGGACCCUCAGACUGGAUCUCUCACCAUUCACCAAACCACACCUGAACACUCUGGAUUAUAUAAGCUAGAGAUCAAGACCAGUGCUUAUUCAACAUUCAGGAUUAUCGUCAGGAUUAUCGUCUUUGAUGAACAGAAGUCAGUGUCAGUGAUGGAGGGGACGGAUGUGACUCUACGUGCCAAUACUAAAAUACAGACAGGAGAUAAGAUAUUCUGGAUGUUUGGAGAUGACAACAGUCCUAUAGAUAAAAACACAGAAGAGAAGUGUGAAGAAGAGUCUGAGUGCAGUGAUGUUAGAUUUAAAGACAAUGUGGAUCUGAAUCGUCAGACUGGAGAUCUCACCAUCAAGAAAAUCGAAACUGACCACACUGGAGAAUACAAACUAAAGAUCAUCAGAAAUGGCAAAUCCUCAUUCAAGAUAUUCAGUGUUACUGUUUCUGGACGUCAAGUGAAUAAAUCAGUGCUGAAGGGAGAUUCUGUCGCUCUGAAGUGUAGUACUGAUACACAGAAGGGUGAUAAAAUACAGUGGAAGUUUGAAGAGAAACUCAUAGCUGAAAUGACUGGAGAGAACCGUGAGAACCCUCAAUGGUCUGAUGAAUUCAGAGACCAAAUGACGCUGCACCCUGAGACUGGAUCUCUCUUCAUUGAAGAAACCAGACCUGAACACACUGGAUUAUAUAAACUAGAGAUCAAGACCAGUGCUUAUUCAACAUUCAGACUCUUCAGGAUUAUCGUCUGUGAUGAAGAGAAGUCAGUGUCAGUGAUGAAGGGGGCGGAUGUGACUCUACGUGUCAAUCCUGAAAUACAGAAAGGAGAUAAGAUAUUCUGGAUGUUUGGAGAUGACAGCCAUCUUGUAGCUAAAAACACAAAAGAUAAGUGUGAAGAAGAGUCUGAGUACAGUGAUGUUAGAUUUAAAGACAAAGUGGAUCUGAAUCCUCAGACUGGAGAUCUCACCAUCAAGACAAUCGAAACUUUCCACACUGGAGAAUACAAACUAAAGAUCAUCAGAAAUGGCAAAACCUCAUUCAAGUUAUUCAGAGUUACUGUUUCUGGUGUGUUUGUUGCUGAUGCAGUGAAGUCAGAGUCAGUGACUGAGGGAGAAUCAGUCUCUCUGAACUCUAGUCUCACUCAAAUACAGACACAUGAAGAGAUCGAGUGGAAGUUUGGUGACAUUCUCAUAGCUAAAGUGAAGAACAACAAGAGCGUGUUUUAUGAUAUUGAUGAUGAGAGAUUCAGAGACAGACUGAAACUGGAUCAGACUGGAUCUCUGACCAUCAUCAACAGCAGAACCACAGACUCUGGACUUUAUACAGUCUCCAGCAGCAGCAGAGACACGAUCAACACGAUCAAUCUCACUGUCUAUGCUCGUCUGCCUGUUCCUGACAUCAGCAGAGACUCUUCACAAUGUUCUUCAUCAUCAUCAUCAUCAUCAUCAUCAUGUUCAUUGGUGUGUUCAGCUGUGAAUGUGAGUCAUGUGACUCUCUCCUGGUUCAAAGGAAACAGUUCAUUGUCCAGCAUCAGUGUGUCUGAUCUCAGCAUCAGUCUCUCUCUACCUCUGGAGGUGGAAUAUGAGGAUCAAAACACCUACAGCUGUGUGCUGAACAAUCCCAUCAGAAACCAGACUCAACACCUCAACAACACUCAACUCUGUCACACAUGUGCAGAGAGUAUCCACUGUUGUGGCUUUACUGAAGCUGUGAUCCGAUUGGCUCUCUCUGCUGUGGUGGGUGUGGCUACUGUGGUUGUUCUGGUUUAUGACAUCAGAUCCAGAAGUCUUCAACAGAAGAAGAGCGUCCAGAAAUAACCAUCAAACUCUGAUUAAUCUCUCAGGAAGAUGGAGAUGAUCCAGAAUGACUGGAGAGAUUAAAGUAUAUUACAAGAAACCUUUUGAGUAAAUAGCAUUCAUGAACAGACAGAUAGAUAGAUAGAUAGAUAGAUAGAUAGAUAGAUAGAUAGAUAUCACACCUGAUUUAACUCAUUGGCUCAUUAGUAGAGACUGCAAGACCUGAAGUGUCAAAUUAGGGAGACAUACACAAUGUGCAGGGCUGGUGCUAGCUACUCCAGGACAACCACUGAUUUAAGUCAAAUGUUAAUUCAUUUUAUAAAAUCUUAACGGUCCUUUAAAAAAAUUAAAAUACACUAUACAUUUUAGAACAGGAUAACGUACAACAUCAUCCUGAAAACAUCCAAAGAAGUAUCAGUCACUGGUAAUACAUGUAACAUAGAUUAAAAAAUUUCAUCUGAAUACACAAUUAUGUUUAAAUGAUCUUAAGAAAAGGAGGAUGUCUUGUGUUUCCAGACCUGUAGUUACAACAUCUACCAGCAAUAGGAUUUACUGAAAAUACAUAGAGGCCUACUGUGAAAAUCCUCAAAAUUUUAAAAGUUCAGUCACUAGUAGGCGCUACAUCAGGGUCUGUAUGAGAGACUCACUGUCUGAGAGAGUCAUUGUUUCAUCAGAAUUCAAUCGUCUCCUCAGUCUCAAAUUUUUGGCAAAACAACACAAGCACAGAUGAUGGUUUAGACCCUGUAGCACUCAUUAUAUUUCAUAGUUCUAUAAUCUUCAAAAAUGUUUAAAAGAAGCAAAUUUAAAUGUAUUUGUUCAGUAUUAAAAACAAAAUUUCCCAUGCA